GCGAGCAUAACAAAAAAUCGACUCGAAUGGAACGGUUCGUGUUUGCAGCGCACUCGUAAGACCGAAACGUCCGACUUUUCUCCCUGUGUGGGAUUGAAAUUCAUAAAGCAAACGUUUUUUAUAACCGGAAAAUAGCCCCAAAAUCGAGUUUCUCAGAAUUACAAGGUCCCACGGCUUUCAAAAGGGUCAAAAAAGUGCAAACAAAGUUCAAUAGUUAUCGAAACAAUAGAAGUGAUAAUACGGAGACAACGGGAGUCUUCUAAACCCGGUUUAGUUGAAAAAUUAAACAACAAAAUUAUUUUUAAUAACCAACACAACCUAAAAGAAACCACUACUUAUACAAGUAGUGCCUCUACUAAAGGCAAAAACUUCGGAAUAUGUGCAAACAAAGUGAUAGUGCCCAGGAAAAAAUCUAACAAUAAAAGAAUCCCCAGGAAAUCGCAACCGGAAAACUCGAUCCUACAGAUCAUCCGCCAUGAGCUCUUUUCUCAUGGGCUAUCCGCAUGCUCCACAUCAUGUUCAAAGUCCCAUGUCCAUGGGCAAUGGCUUGGACCCAAAGUUUCCUCCGGUGGCCGAUGACUAUCAUCACUACAAUGGACACUAUUCGAUGACCGCUUCUACGGGCCACAUGAGUGGUGCCGUCGGCGGCGGUGGAGGUGUUGGGUCUGUCGGAGGUGGUGGAGCAGUUGGGAUGACGGGUCAUCCGCAUUCCAUGCACCCGGCGGACAUGGUCAGCGACUAUAUGGCGCAUCACCACAAUCCUCACAGCCACAGCCACUCCCACUCGCACACCCACUCACUACCGCACCACCAUAGCAACAGUGCGAUAUCAGGGCACCACCAGGCAUCCGCCAGCGGAUACAGUUCCAAUUAUACCAACGCCACUCCGCCCGCACAUCCGCACUCGCAUCCGCACGCCCAUUCGCACCAGAGCCUCGGCUAUUACGUGCACCACGCCCCCGAGUUUAUAUCCGCAGGAGCGGUGCACUCCGCCGAUCCCACGAACGGGUACGGUCCGACGGCAAACGUUCCAAAUACGAGCAAUGGCGGUGGUGGCGGUGGCGGAGGCAGUGGCGGAGUGCUCGGGGGUGGCGCAGUGGGUGCAUCGGCAAAUGGAUACUACGGCGGGUACGGUGGGGGCUAUGGGACGGCGAACGGAAGUGUGGGCAGCACCCACUCCCAAGGACACUCGCCGCACUCCCAGAUGAUGGAUCUGCCGCUCCAGUGCAGCUCCACGGAACCACCGACGAACACGGCGCUGGGGCUGCAGGAACUAGGCCUAAAACUAGAAAAACGCAUAGAAGAAGCUGUACCUGCCGGGCAACAACUGCAAGAGCUGGGAAUGCGAUUGCGGUGCGAUGAUAUGGGAUCCGAAAACGACGAUAUGUCAGAGGAGGAUCGGCUCAUGCUGGAUCGGUCGCCAGACGAACUGGGCUCCAACGACAACGACGACGACCUCGGGGACUCAGACAGCGAUGAGGAUCUGAUGGCGGAGACGACCGAUGGAGAACGGAUCAUCUACCCCUGGAUGAAAAAGAUCCAUGUGGCGGGAGUGGCGAACGGGUCUUAUCAGCCGGGAAUGGAGCCAAAACGCCAACGAACCGCCUACACACGCCACCAGAUCCUGGAGCUGGAGAAGGAGUUCCACUACAACCGCUACCUGACGCGUCGGCGGCGCAUCGAGAUCGCCCAUACGCUGGUUCUGUCGGAGCGGCAGAUCAAGAUCUGGUUCCAGAACAGGCGCAUGAAGUGGAAGAAGGACAACAAGCUGCCCAACACCAAGAACGUGCGCAAGAAGACGGUAGACGCCAACGGCAACCCAACACCGGUAGCAAAGAAACCCACCAAGCGGGCCGCCUCCAAAAAGCAGCAGCAAGCGCAGCAGCAGUCGCAGCAGCAACAGCAGCAGGCGCAGCAGACUCCGGUGAUGAAUGAGUGCAUUCGUUCGGACAGCUUGGAGAGCAUCGGUGACGUCAGCUCGUCCCUGGGCAAUCCGCCCUAUAUACCGGCGGCACCUGAGACCGCCACUUCUUAUCCGGGAUCUCAGCAGCACCUCAGCAACAACAACAACAAUAACAACAACAAUGGCAGCGGCAAUAAUAAUAACAACAACAACCUCAACAACAAUAACAAUCAAAUGGGGCACACGAACCUGCACGGGCACCAUCAGCAGCAACAAUCCGAUCUCAUGACCAACCUUCAGCUACACAUCAAGCAGGACUACGAUCUGACGGCCCUGUAGAAUCAGCAGGGAUAUCUUCAAGAUGACUUCAGCGUUGUAAACUACUAGCUACCCCUAUCAUUCUUUGUAGAUUUUUGUCUUUCAUUUUGAAUCAAUAACCUUGAACUUCAAGCAAGGUUCAAAACAAAUCGGAGUAUACAGUGAACGUAGUUAGUUAAGGACCGACCAUUAGGUAGACGAUUCCCAUUUUAUAAAGUUGUAAUCCCAAUUCCCCACAAGUGUUGUAUAUGAGUUUUACUUAAGCACCCUAGGAGUCAGGUUUAAGAGUUUGUAUAAAGCCUAGAACGAUUCGUCAUAGCAGAUAAGUGGCAUAACUUAGCUUUAGAAUUGAUUAUUUGUAUAUCUAAGAUAACUAUAAAUAUCAUUAAAGAAUGUAGUUGGCAUCUGUUGUGCAUCUCUAGAUGUAUGUAAGUUCGUACUUAUAUUUUAUUGAUACAAAUAAAACCGCUAACGAGAAGUAUAUCAAAAUAAAGAGAAUAUAUUGUAAAUGGAAACAAAA